ACGAGGCGUCGCUGUAGGUUUGAGAGGAAGCUGUUCUGAGAGCUUGCUUGGUCUCCGGAAACAGUAUUGGGAGUAUAACGGGCUUGUUUUUACGUUUGCCUCUAAUUUAGCUGCUUUCUAGCUUCGCUUAUCGACCUAACACCGCAGUAUUACUAUUGACUGAUUAAAAUCUGCAGCGCAGUUAGAGCUACGAACUAACGGCAGCCGCUCGGAGCUGAAGCGAUGCAAGUGUGUGUGGAGGUCUGAACACGUCGUGAGUUGUGGCACCCCUUUACCCCCUCUUUGUGGUGUGUUCAGAAGACUUGUCUAAGAACUGUGAAACAGCAGAAGUUUGAAGACAAGACUAAGGAAGGUGACAUCUUCAUUCAUCAAAGUUAAGAUAGUAGCUUCAAUCAGCUCCUUCAUGCUAAACCCAUAAUGUGUGACAUUACUGCAGCGUUAGCUUUGGCGGAUGUGAAGGAAGAAGUUUCUUCAGAGCCACGGCCAGAACCUUUGUUCUUAAUCCUGCCCCCACCGCCACCUUUCUCUCUAGCCCCAGGAGAACUCACCAUGCCCUGGCCAAAAUGGCUUAAAGCUUUUGAACACUACGCUCAAGCAUUCAGUGAAAAAGCAUUUGGUGAAAAAGAUAUGGAGGACUCCAGUAAACUGGUGCUUUUACGAAGUUUCCUGGGCCAAGAGGGACAGAACGUCUAUUCAACUCUGAUCAGGAAUCAGGCUACGUAUGCGGUUGCUAUUUCAGAGCUCACUGCUCAUUUUGGCUCUGAUAAUGCCACUCAGGCACACCGCCUUAAGUUCCACCAAAGGGUUCAGAUGCCUGGAGAGACUGCAGAUGAGUUUGUUACAGCCCUAAAAAAUCUGCUGAGGCUUUGUCAGUAUGGAAGGUACAAGAACAAACUUCUACUAGAUCAGCUGAUUGAGAAAACAAACAAUCUGCAGCUCAGAGAGAAGCUUCUGCUGAGGAAAGACCGUCUAACCUUGGCCAAGGCUCUGACUAUUGCUAAAGAGGUAGAACCUUCUUCAAGUGGUUCUCAGCAGUUGGAUAUUGAUGAAGUGAGUGUGGAUAUUGGAGAGGAUUUAGAGACUCCUGUUCAAAUUAAGCGCAAAAGAGGAAGACCUCGGAUCGGGGAAGAAAAGGUUAAAUUUAAGGCACCUGUGGCAGAACCUCAACAAAAGCUCAAAAGAGGAAGGCCUCGACUUGGAGAGAAAAAGGUUACAUUAAAACAUCUUGAGACCGAGCAUCAACAAAAGCGCAAACGAGGAAGACCCCGGCUUGGGGAGAAAAAGGUUACGUCAGAUCUACUUGUGACUGAAGCCCAAAGAAAAUCUGAUGACAUCAAAAAUCAGAACUCUCACAUUAAUGAUAUGAUGUGUUAUAGUGGUAGUGAAGGUAGAUCCCAGACUUGUGAUGAACUAGAUAAUGCUAUCAUCUCAUCACCUCAGAUGAUGGAAGAUGAAAAAAGCAACCAGUCAAGUUGCUGCGCCGAAGACAAUGAUGACAGUAAAGAUGAAGACUUCUUCCCUCCUUCAACUAAGGGAAAAAGCCUUUGCUGUUCCAUCUGCAUCAACAAGUAUUUCAAAACAGCGGACAAGCUCAACAGACACAUGAGGACACACACUGGUGAGAAACCAUUCAAAUGUCUUCUCUGCGAUCUCACAUUCAGUCAGUCUUACCACAUGACUAGACACAUGAGGAACCAGCAUGCUGCGGGCCCAUAUAUUUGCCCCACCUGCGGAAUAAGCCUGGAAAGCCUCACAGAGUUAUUUAAACACAAGAAGACGCACAAGCCACAAAUCCUUUACUGCCCUGACUGUAACGAAAUCUUCUUGAACAAUGAAGAUCUUCGUAAUCAUGUGAAGUCACACAAGAAAGACCUGUCUUCCCAAACAGAGGGAGAAAGCAGUCAACAACGUCAAUGCAUUGAAGUGAAAACUGAAGAAUUAUCCGAUGUUUCUGCAGAAGCUGAUGAGAGCCAUUGCCUUACUAAAGGUGUCAACUCAGAAGCUAACUCUGAAAAAGUCGUACUAAAGAAAACUAGAGACAAUUCUUGUCCCAUUUGUGUUGGGAGGCGCUUCAAAGGCCCAAACAAACUUGCUAGACACAUGAGGACCCACACAAAGGAAAAACCUUUCAGUUGCCCUGUUUGCAACAAAACGUUCAGCCAGUCCUAUCACAUGACACGUCAUGUGAGAAUUCAGCAUGGUCUAGGGCAGUACAUCUGCCCUCACUGCGGGAAGAGUUUCACCACCUGGUUAGAACUAAAAAUACACAAAAGGACUCAUGCUCACAUUGAUCUUUUUUGCCUGGCAUGUAAUAAGCAGUUCAAAGAGAAGGGUGCACUGGAAAAGCAUCUUAAACUACACAAAGCGGUUGAGCCCAGUCCUCGAAGCCUCAUCUGUGGUGAUUGCGGCAAAGAAUUUGGCCGCUCGUAUCAUUUGAAGAGGCACAUCAUGUCUCAUCGUAAAGCUGCAAAGUCUGACUUUUAUACAUGCCCUGACUGCAAGCAAAUCUUUUACUUCCCUGAAGACCUCAACAAACACCUGGAAGAUCAUGUGAAGGAAAACAGUGGGACGUGUCCCAAAUGCAACGAGAGGUUCGGCAGUGCGGAGGAACUCGAGACCCACAUGCAGGUUCAUCGGAAGUCUUUUCCUUGUAGUACUUGUGGGAAGAAGUUCAAAGUGGAGUAUGCACUGAAGAAACACGAGGAGAGUCACCAGCAUGAUCAGUAUUACUGUUCAUUGUGUCAGAAACACUUCAUGAAGCUGUCUCAUUAUAAGAGACACGUACAGGUCCACGACAGACGAGAAUCCAGAUGUCCACACUGCAAUGACGUCUUUCUAAAGCUUACAGCUUUUAAAUAUCACCUUCGGACGCACACUCUGGAAAGGCCGUACCAGUGCAGUUGCUGCAUUGAGACCUUCGAGCAGGAGGAGGAGUUGGAGCAGCACUGCCUCAAACACAGGAAGUUUAAGAAAGAGAGACCUUAUUCAUGCACACGCUGUGACCUUGCUUACUCAACUUUGGUGGAACUGACUGAGCACAUGAUCUCUCAUGAGGGAGAGCAGCCACAGACCUGUCCCUUUUGUGGCAAAACCUUCCUCAACAAGAACAAACUGGAGCGGCACAUAAGUAUCCAUACCGGUGAGAGGCCCCACCUAUGCUCCAUCUGCGGCAACGGCUUCCCUUCGGCUGCCAGUCUCAAGCUGCACGUCUUCAUUCACACCGGGGAGAAACCCUUCAAGUGCCUGCAGUGCAGCAAGAGCUUCAGCUCCUCCAGCGGCUUGCGUCUCCACAGCAGGCAGCACAUGGAUGAACGUCCUAGCUAUGAGUGUCCGGAAUGUGGCAGGACGUACGGCCGCCUGACAGAGUUGAAGAUGCACCAGCGCUACCACACCGGAGAUAAACCGUAUGCAUGCACCUGCUGCAGCAAACGCUUUAUUAGCAAAGACAAACUGAACGUUCACAUGAGAACGCACACAGGAGAGAGACCCUUUUCUUGCCCUCACUGUGGGCAAACCUUUACUCAAACUGGGGACAGAAACAGACACAUCAGCAAGUAUCACCCUAUUAUCUAAUCAAACUGCAGGAUGUUUCCUGUGAAAAUUACAUUAGUAGUUUUGCAUGCUUGUAGGUAUACUUUUAAGACUGUAGUUGGAUUCACUGUCAUAUUAUCUGAGAACGUGCAAGAAUCCAUAUUGUAUUGGAAGCAUGUCUUCAAUAAACGUAGUAUGUGUCCACAAGUAAUCCUAAACACAAGAACUGACUGAUGUAGAGCUUGAUAAUUGAAAGGUGCUCUGCUUUUUGAAGCAAGAAACUAGUCACUGACUAACUAGUUUAUCUCAACUUAUUUUAAAAACAUUUUGUAAUGAAACAUUUAAGAUGCAAAAAUCCUAACAGAUAACUGUUGGUAAAUAUUAUAUCCUCUUGUGCUAAUUAAAGCCUAAGGACAAAUUGUUCAGUACAAGAAUUCAAACUUAUUGUGAGAUUCCAUAGAUGCAAUGAGAAAAUGUUUUAUUUCAAGCAUUGGAAUCUUUAUACUUAACUUGGACUUGGAAAACAUGACAUAUAAACAUAACUGAUGGAGCUACAACUACACCCAGAACACAUAUAUAUGUGUGUGUGUGUAUAUAUAUAAAAGUUAUAAACAAAUAACUUUUAUAUAUACAAAUAAAAGUUAUUUGUUUAAUAUGCAUAUGUUAUCAAGUGACUGUAAUAAAACACUACAUUGAACAAUCUGGAAGGAACUGGAGAAACUGGGCAGAUGAUCAAAUAGAGAAAAAAUGCAUUUAUUUUUCUCAUUGUUGAUUUUGUUUCUUUCCAACAUUUUAUGUUAAUUUUGCUUCCUUUUACAUUUUAAAUUUGCUUGUGGUGUUGCUAUUUCAACAAGUAUUUUAUUACUGUUUUAAGAUGUCAUAAAAAUAAAACUCUUAAUUCACACAAAUAUCAUCCUGUGUUGAGGUCAUGUUUUGUAACAGAUAAGUAUUUUUGGCUUGAUGAAACUGGAUCAUUUUUUAGUAAUAUUAUCUUGAACUAUCGCUACUCGAGUAAUGAAAAACAUGUUUUAACCAAAAUCCACCGUACACAGACCAAUAGUUUAUUAUAGAGAUCUCUUUUUGUACACCAACUUUAUACUGUGCCUUUUGUGCCAUUUAUAUAUCUAGAAGAUUCUGUAAAACAUAUUAUCGUGGCCUUCUAAGUUCCAAAACCAAAAUAUUGUCCUAGAUAGGCCAUGGAUGGCAACAGGUGGUUUGGUUCUCGAACACAUGUCCAACUUGUUCUUCGAAAAGAAAAGAACUAUAUAUUUUUAUAUAGUUUAAGAGAUAACUAAAAAUUCUAAUGAAACUUUAAUAAAAACAAAAGUUGGCUUAAUCUGAUGUUUCAAGUUAAAAAAAAAAAGUAAAAAAAACAAUUCUAUCAAUCUCCUGUCCCGACUUCCGUUUCCUGCCCCGGUGUGUUCUUAAUCUGUUAAAAUAAUGGAAGGGUCUCAAUGGUACCAAAGUAAUCUAAAUUAAAUUAUUUAAUUUCCCUGUAGGAUUAAUAAAUAAAUAAAUUUUAUAAUGGAAAAAUUGACUUUGAAAUGCACUUUUUCUGCUGAAAUGUAUUUUAUUAUUGUGUUGAUUUUUUUAUUUAAUGUAUUAAAUACCAGUAUUUACCCAUAACUUAGUAUUUUUCUGUCUUAUGACAUCAUUAUUAUAUGGUAAAAUUAUGCCAUUACUGUAAGUGUUUUGACCACCACUUAUGUCACUUUUAUGAAAUACUGUUUUACUCUUGCUUCAGUAAUUUUUUUUGAUGGCAUCUUUUUACUUUUAACUAAUGUUGACAUGUUGCUACUUUUUCUUGAGAAAGAUUUGGGAACUUACCCACUUCUGACACCAGGUAAAAAGUCUUUGUGCUUUGAAAAAUAAGGUUAAUUAUGAAUAAAUAAAAUCAAUUUAAAAUGAAAAGCGAGAGUAAAAGUGUGUUCCGUUUGGCUCAGUGCCACCUCGUGUGAAUUCAGUGAGGAGAAAUGUCAUUGUUGAUUCUAAACAAGUAAUUUUAAGAUGAUUAGUCAUAUUUUGCAGUUUUCCUAAUAAUAGUAACAUGUUUAAUGUAUACCAUCACACAAUAAAGGGGAGCCUUCUGUACACUUG